AAGGGCACAGUUCCAAAAGACAAAUUAUUUAUCAUGUUUCUUACUUGCUGUGUCUAUAAAAUCCUUUUAUGGCAGUUAAAACUAACAAGUACAUUAGUGUUCUUUACUUAUAUCAUAGUGAGAGAAACGUGUAUUUUACUUGUGUUUCAGAGCAAUGGAAAAAAGCUAAUUUGAAGAAAAAAAGUAAAUUUCAGUGAAGAAUGUUGUCAUACUGUAUUUGACAGGUCAUUAUAAUGAGCAAAGAAGAAUAAUAUUUAUUUUAGCAUGGUGAGAAAUAACUUUGGGGAUUUUUUUAUAUUUUUUUUCUAGUUCAGGUUAAAGUAAUUAUAAUUAAAGAGAAAUAGAAGGUCUUGUUUAAGUCACUGGAUCUUUUCACAUACAAAACAUAGCUCUGUGCCCUGCAGAUCUGCAGUUAACAAAUAUGUUAUAUGUGAUAUGUGAUAUACAUGAAGAGGCACUUCGCUUUGACAGGUGAAGCAGGUGAUUCGAAGCAGAGGAUAGGUCUUGUGUUUCUUUUCAUUGAAGUCUAUAGGAUUUUGAGACAUACAGGUAAUUGAGAACUAUGCCUGCUGUUUUUGGUUAUUUGGAUGGAAAAAGUUCUGACUUCUGGUGAAAAGAUACAGUCACAGGACUGAGUGUUACUGAUUGUUACUGAGUGUUUGCAAAUUUAGAUUCACUAGCAGAAAACCGUCUCAGAUGUGUUUUAAAAAGAUGAUCCAAAGGCCUUAAUAAGUCAUGAAGAUAAUUUAACUUCUUUACCAGAGUCCUCUGAAGAAAGCUGAAACUGGAAGGCAUGAUGCUUAAAUUCUCUUUCAAUUAAAGAUACACCAUAAGCAAAGGUUUUUGAAAAUGAGGGCCAGAGUACAGCGGCGUGUGUGCUCUAGUUACCAGGUGAAGAUUGUGAAAUCCAUGGUAAGAGUAAUUGUAGAGAGGCAUUUUAAAGCUUUUAUUCUGAUAUUUGAUAAGCAUGCACAUCAAUAUACCUACAUGUUGUGCCCUGAGAAGCAGGUGGUGCAGUGUAUUUUGUCAUCUCAGGAUACUCACAGAAUGAACUGGUGAGUGUGUUCCACCUUUUAUGUGGCAGUAAAUCUGCAUUACAAAAGUCACCCUAACUUAAACAUUUAUUUGCUCCUUAAAAGCAGAGAUUUCUCAGUAUGUGUGGCUAUGAAGUGAGAGCUGCCCUUCAGUAGUGGUCUUUCCCAAUUAGGUCUGAGGCACAAAGGCAGCCCAGGGACAUGUGCCAGGCCUGUGUGUGUGCUGUGGAUCGAGGACUUGAGGCUUGAAGGCUGUCACCCUGGCACAUUUCACCAGAGCUAAACUGACAUUUAGAAAAACUAACAUUCUCAAAUGCCAUACUGCUUCUGCAGCUUAAGUGGGGUUAGCUUUCCAAGCACACUUUCUAGGUCCCUGUGUUUGUAAGGUAGAACUCUGUGAAGUUUGUAAAAGGGGUAGAUACCUUAAAAUGACACCACAGAUGGUAAGAUGGUAAUUUAGAUAUCAUCAAGGAGUCUGAUGUUUUUUAAAAUAUUGUUUAAUUCCCAUUGUCACUAAUUGCAGGUGUGUAACACAUUUGCUUUGUGGAAAGAAGCCUUAUGGGUGCAUAUUUUGCUUCAAUACAUUGCAGUUUUAUUUGUUUGCUUUUUAAAUGCAAUUGGUACAACAAAUCAUAUUCAUUUAGAAAGCCUAGUGAUCCCAUCAGUAGCAGUGUGCAUGAUUAACCUUAAAAUCUACAAGUGUCUCUGUGAACAUUUGAUUAUGCUGCCUUCAUUUCAAAGUCUGCAAGUAUGUUGAGAGCAUUCAGAUUUCUGGAUUUGUUACAUGAAUCCAGACCGGUCUGCUAAGGGAAGAUUUGGUGGUUCUGGUUUGCUAGGACUUGCAUUCAGUUUCAGAAAAUGAAGAGAAGAAAGAGGAAAGUGUAUCACUCUGGAAAAGCUUUUGGCUGCAGAGUGAUUUGCUUAGCUCAUCCUUUCCCACAGAAUAAUGCCUUUUUAGGAUUAUUUCAGUAUUCAUUUCCUGAUGGCAGAGCUGAAGUUAGCAGCCUAAUUCAAUUGAUUGGCUUCUGUCUGGAGUAUGUGAAAUGGAUAUUUUCAAUGCAAAUAAAUAAAUAAAUUGUUUUUCAGCCUAGUUCUUAUAAUAAGUAAUUGUUUUACUGGGUUCAGUAUGUUCACUUAGCACUGGGCUGUCUAUAACAAUUUGUGUGGGUGGCGGUUAAAACUGAAAAAUAUUAAUUUGUGAUAAUGAAGCCAAAUACUAAUGGUUACAAGAAUGUUAGGAAUGACAAUUGAGAUCACUGCUGCUCAGUGGUGCUUUUUUUGUUGUUGUUGUUGUUUUUUGUUUUAAUAAAGAGCCUACUUCUCUGUGUAAAGGAUGAUCUGACAGCUUAUGAAGAACAGUGUAUCAUCAGUAUGGGGGACAACCUGAACUCUCGAUGAAGCUCUAGAAGGGGUUUCUGCUAACCGGUAUCCAAGAUUUUUAGUGGAAGGUGUCCCAGCCCGUGGCAGGGGUUUUGGACUAGAAGAUCUUUAAGGUCUCUUCCAACCAAACCACUCUAUCAAUCUAUGAUUUGCACAAGAAGCAGGUUUUUCAGAGGCAAGUGCUGCAUAGGUAAGGAGAUGUCAUGGUCUUCUUCCAUCAAUGUAGGAAGAUAGCAGAUAUGAUUGCCUGAAAAAGCAGACCUACCCUGUGCAAGCAUGGCUUUCGCCCAGUCACACAUUAUGGCAGCUAGAAGGCAUCAGCAUAGUAGACUCAUAAUUGAAGUGGAUGAGUACAGCUCCAACCCCACACAGGCUUUCACGUUCUACAACAUUAACCAGGGACGUUUCCAGCCCCCACAUGUGCAAAUGGUUGAUCCAGUACCCCAUGAUGCUCCCAAACCUCCGGGAUAUACUCGAUUUGUCUGUAUUUCUGAUACUCACUCGAGAACUGAUCCCAUCCAAAUGCCAUAUGGAGAUGUGUUAAUACAUGCUGGUGAUUUUACUGAGCUGGGACUUCCUAGUGAAGUAAAAAAAUUCAACGAGUGGCUAGGUAGCCUGCCCUAUGAAUACAAGAUUGUGAUAGCAGGAAAUCACGAAUUGACCUUUGACCAGGAAUUCAUGGCUGACUUAAUCAAGCAGGACUUUUACUAUUUCCCCUCUGUUUCUAAGCUGAAGCCAGAAAGCUAUGAAAAUGUACAGUCUCUUCUAACAAACUGCAUCUAUCUUCAAGACUCUGAAGUGACCGUGAGGGGAUUCAGAAUAUAUGGCUCCCCUUGGCAACCUUGGUUUUAUGGCUGGGGCUUUAAUCUUCCACGAGGCCAAGCGCUAUUAGAGAAAUGGAACCUUAUUCCAGAUGGGAUAGAUAUUCUUAUAACACAUGGACCACCUCUCGGUUUCCUAGACUGGGUACCUAAGAAAAUGCAACGGGUAGGAUGUGUUGAGCUGCUGAACACAGUCCAGAGACGGGUACAGCCAAGGCUUCAUGUUUUUGGACACAUCCAUGAAGGUUAUGGUGUCAUGGCUGAUGGAACUACUACCUAUGUGAAUGCAUCUGUGUGCACUGUGAAUUACCAGCCACUAAAUCCACCUAUAGUUAUUGACUUACCUACUCCAAGGAACACAUGAUUAUAAUAAAGGAUUUAAUGUUGUGCCCAACACAUUAGCAACUUUAUAUUGCUGGCUGAGAAUCCCAAUAAGGAACUAUUCAACAAAGCAAAAACCUUCUUUUUUUCCUGCUAUCUCUUCACAGAUAAAUUCAAGUGACAGAAAUGGAAGAUGAACACAGGCAUUUUGGUGCCAGAAACAGAUUAAAGACAUAUCGCCAUUAAAAUAUUUGUGAACACAGCAAAGUGAAUGCAUUCCACAUAUAUAUACAUAUAUAUCUCUUUCAAGUAGGGACUUUUGUAUAUACCAUACAUUAUAUUGGACUUACUAAAAGAACAAUGUCUUUCAAGGGAGUGUUUCCUGAAGAAAGUUUGAAGUUUAACAUAAGUGUUUAGACUAGGAUUUCCUCAUUUCAGAAGUUUCCCAGUGAGCUCUUGAUAACGAAUGUGAUGGUAAAGAUGUUUUCCCUUAGUUAACAUGGCAUGUACAAAAGAUAGUACAUGAAUGACCAGUCAUAGGAGGAAAGCUCUUAUUUCAGGUCCUCCAGGUCUUGAUUCUUUGCAUCUAUUCAAAACCAAUGCAGCAGAGGCCCUACCUAAUUCACUGUACUAAAAUGAAGUUCGACUACAUGUGGCAUUACAGAUGGUAAGGGAAAUGGUGCAUAUUGCUGGCAUGCUGUAAACAGCUCAAAAUUCAAGAAGGGAGACUGUGUUAAGUGCAGUAUAAACUCAGGAAUUUGUAACCUGGCCUCACCUGUGGGGAAAAAAAAAAGUGUAACUUUUUUCAUAUGCUAAGGCGAUAUGUGAUUGUAUGUAAAAAGCAAAAGCAAAAGCAAAAACAAAAACAAAAAAAAAAAUGAUGUUCAGUAGUGAUAUUCUAAAUAAAACCCACUGGGACUGUUUAAAACCUGUUAACCUGUUACUGGGACAUGCAACCAAUGAUGAGAUUGCUGGUUUGAAUUUGGCCCAUGUCAGCUGUGAUUAAAUGUCAUUGUGUUCAGUUUGUCCUUUGGGAAACUGUGUGGACUUAGAGGGGGGGUGUCAUCCCAAAGUGGAGUUUGCGCAUUCAUUUUCAGACAGCUAUGUAGUAGCAUAAAUGCAAUGAGUGACGAGUACUUGCCAAUGGGUACAGAGCAAGAGUCACCUCACAAAACUUAUCGUUCCCAUGUGCCAACUCAGAGACACUGCUGAGACAGGCCCGAGACAAAACCAUUAACCCAGUUGAAAUCCAUCUGUUGUGUUGGGUGUUGGUAUACCCAUGCGAAGCAGGAGAUGUGGGAGCUGCUGGGGAUGGCUAACACUAGUCCUGCCCCUGCAGCUUUCCUGCAGGUUAACAGAGGUGCUGAAUCUGCUGGGAUUUCAGUCCAGUCCUAGGCAGAAGCUCAAGAAUUGACUAAAACCCACAAAAAUAUGUGCUUCAAAUGUGUGCUGCAACACAUUUCUGCCUUGAACUAACAACCAUCUCCAUGCUCAAAGAGGAACCUUUUUGCCUUGAUGGAGAUAAUGUAACUGGUGUAACCUGAACAUGGACAUUCUGAAUUUGGUGCUGACUGCAUCUAUAUAUUAAUUUUGUUUCCACACAUGAGGCAAAUCAUUGCACUAUCAAUACAGGGUUGUUUGCAGGUCUGUAGAUAGCCCAUACCUGCACACACAGUGGUUAGAUGUAUGGGUUACUUUUUGCCUGAUGUAUGGUUAUAAAUGUGACCUUUGCAGCUGCAUGUACAUGAUAUACAUACACAAACUUAAAUACCUGUUCUACAACCCCAGACUUGCAGCCUCAACUCUUAAGCAAGAUAGGCAGAAACACCACAUUUUGCUGGCUUACCGCAUGCGGCUGCUCUUCUGACUGAUGCUGGAAGCUGUGAAAUUUGAACCCAGGUACUGACCCACUGACACCAGAAAACAUAGCAAGACACAGAUUUUUCAUUUCUUGGAGCUGUUGAGUGACUUGGAUUUUCUUUUUGACUAAUUUGCUGCUUUUUCCUGAAACAAAAGCAAACUGAUAACCAGCAAUAUCCUGCAACUGUUUUGGAUGAGCAUGGUUUGUAGCACAAGAACAGUCUACAAUGAUUCAGCUGGGUCUACUUUUUGUAUAAUCCAUUGGUGUAGAAAUUGCAAGAUCAGCUCCUAAAUCAGCAAGGACUGAAAUUUUUAGUUUAAUGUGAACUCCCAGCAUCAUUGGGAAGAUGAAGAAUAGCUUGCAGUUAGAAUAAAAGUGUCUUACCUAGUCACAACGCAAGCGUUUUGAAACAUAUGUGUUUCAAAAUUGGCUGUAUGUUAAAGUCUGAAAUGUUUACAUUCACUCAUGGCACUUACACUAAAAUGUUAAAAGUGGGGGAAAGAGAUCCUUUUAUUAGCCUCAGCAAAAUUUCUGUUGACCAUAAACUAUUCUCUUAAAAAUAAUUUUGCCUAAGGUAUCUUCAAAAUACUGUGUAUUUUUAUGUGAAAAGGAUAUGAAAGCAGCUGUUACUUCAAAAUGUCAUUUAAAGUACUCGAGGUAUGAAAGCUUAAAGGUUAUUUAAUCAUUUUGGCAUAACUUGAUUGUUGUUGUAAUUUUUGGUCAAGCAUGUUAGACAAAUAAAGUCUUAAAAGAAACAA